AUGGGAAUGUAUUGUCUUGCAAAUGAACUAACGACAUUUAAGAAGAGGUGUGCUAUCAAGGUUAGAGUCGUUCGUGCAUACAUUGUCAUGGAAAGGAGGGGUUCCUCCGAAAUCAAGAGCAAAGAGUUGGUAUUGCAUGACGAAGAAGCAACUGUACUUCAUGCACAUAUACCAAAAGAUGUUUUACCUAAAUUCUGUGAAAGCUUUGUGGAAGGCAAUGUUUAUUGUAUCAAGAACUUUUAUGUGGUUUCAAACUGGCAUACAUACAAAACUAGCAUGCACGAGUUCAUGUUGCAAUUCAAUCAUGAGACUAUCAUGAAAGAAUAUAGGUCAGAUAAUUUUCCUUACCACAUGUACAGAUCAAGACCAUUCCACACUUUGAAAGGUAAUCCAACAGUAAAUGUGAAAGAGUUGAUUGAUCUAAUUGGGCGUGUUGUUGAAAUACAUGCGCCUCAAGAAAAAAGAAUUGGUGGACAAAACACUAGGCUAAUAGACUUUGUUUUAGAAGAUGCUCAAUCUGCUUCCAAGGAACAUGUUGUAGUGUUGAUCCAAUUCUGUCGAAUAAAGCUUGGUGCAAGCGAUGGUGAUGUGAAAAUAUCAUCUUCAUAUGAUGUUACCCAACUCCUAUUUGAUGUUGACUGCCCUGAAAUGCAAAACUUCAAAGAGAGUCUGCUCGACAUUGGGGAACAAACACCAAUGCGCAGUAUAGGUUCAAUGACCAGCUUUAGUUACACAAAUAGUAUUGAUGAUUCAACCAGUCAAGCUAUGGAACUGAAAACCAUCUCUGAUAUCUAUGAGAAUGAAAUGCAUGGAGAAUUCUGGGUUGCUGCCAAGAUUAAUUGUAUUGAUAAUCCCAAUGACUGGUUUUAUAGUUCAUGUAGAAAGACAGGUUGCAACAAAAAACUGAAAGUUUCAGAAGGCAUUCCGGCCAGUGAGCUAUAUGAGAGGAAUAAGAAUAUCAUAGGACCAUUAAAGGAGAUCACUGACAUAGUAGGGAGAAUUAUGCUAUUCAAAAUAUCUGCAAAGACAGACCAAUUUAUCAACCGCUACUAUGCAUUCCCAGUAUUAAGGAUUAACAAUGAAACUAAGUUUGUUCAACAAUAUUGCAAACAACUAUUGGAUGCUCAUCUGAAUGACUCUAACUGUGACUUGGAAAUAAGUGAUGGUGAUGAUGAAUUCCUACAGGGUUUUGAUAGUGAAGAAGCUGAGAGCCCGAUUGCUAUGCUGCCACCUAACAGUGCUGCAGAAACUUCGGAUGGACCUGUUAAGAGAUGCUUGCUGGAUCAGUUCUCUUCCACCAAAGGCUGCAAAAAAAUGAAAGACACUAAAGUGAAGAUUGAGAAGAUUGAUUGA